CGCAAGAUAUAAUUGUCUGUCUUUCUCUAAAUUGAACAUAGUGGAACAUAGCCUUAUAACAUUAAUCUGUCAGUGAUAGUAAUAAAAAAAGUUCUAUUAUUUUAUAAACAAAAGUUGAUUUAUAUUAUUAUGACAACAUUAAAAUUAACAACAACAGCUGAAGAAAAUCAGCCAAAUCCAAAUUUACUAGAUCCAAAUUAUGAUGAUGGAAUGUCAAGAUGUGGUUCACCAAAACGUGGACCAACAUUAUCAACAAGUACAAGUAGUUUUGAAGCAUUAGAUCCACAUGAUCCAAAUUUAAGUCAUCUUGCUAAUUCAAUGUUUCAAAAAACAGCUGAAUAUCUACAAGAAGAAUUAACAUCAACUCAUGCUGAUUAUCGUUUACUUGAACGUCUUAAUAAAGAAACAAUAGCAAAAUAUGCUGAAUUAAAAACAAUAUCAUCAAGUGUAUCACAAUCACUUGAUGCAUUGAAUCAAAAAUAUAAAAAACUUGAGCCUGUUUUAGAUAAUAUUAAUCAAAUUGAUGAUAGUGUUGCUAAAUUAGAACAAGCUGCAUAUAAACUUGCUGCAUAUUCCAAAAGACUUGAAGCAAAGUUUAAAGAUUUAUCUGAAAAAGAUAAUAUGAGUUCUUGAUUUGUUUUUUUUUUCUUCUUAAUUUAAUACUCUAUUGUUUUAUUAU